ACAUUGUAAAGUAUCAAACUCAUCGUGGGUAUUUUUUUUUGUUGUGUCGUCCAUUCUAAGAUAACCAUUGAGCCUUUGGAGGAACAAUGAAUAAAGCCAUACAACUACCAAUUAAUAAAAACAAUCCAAUUGUUUAUUUGGACAUUGUAAUUGACCACGAAUUUGCUGGACGAAUGGUCAUUGAGCUACGCAAAGAUGUAGUACCCAAAACGGCAGAGAACUUCCGAGCACUCUGUACUGGAGAAAAAGGAAUUGGUGCAAUGGGAAAACCUUUGCAUUACAAAGGCAUAAGAUUCCAUAAAGUGACCAGGGUGUAUGUGGCACAAAGUGGUGAUGUGGUCAACAAUGAUGGAACUAGUGGUGAAAGCAUUUAUGGACCUACAUUUGAAGAUGAAAAUUUUAUAUUGGAUCAUUCUGAUGAGGGUGUUGUUAGUAUGGCUAAUUUUGGAAAACCGAAUACAAAUAAUUCCCAAUUUUUCAUUACUUCAAUGGCCUGUGACAAUCUAAAUGGCUCAAAUGUUGUAGUGGGAAAAGUCUUAAGAGGCUUGGGUAUUAUCGGAGAAAUGGAUCAAAACACAAGCGAUGAGGGUAUACCGACAUCGGAAAUUGUCAUAGCGGAUUGUGGUGAAAUAAAACCAGGAGAAAAUUGGGGCGUCAAUGACAAUGAUGAAACCAAUGAAUGUUUACCUCCGUUUCCUCAAGAUUGGGAAGAGAAAUUUAAUGAAUUUACGUCAGAUGAACUUGUGGAAAUAUUGACAAAAAUCCGCUGUGCCGGCAAUUAUUUCUUUGAAAAAAAUGAAUUCUAUAAUGCUCGUCGAAAAUAUCGCAAAGCAAAUCGUUAUUAUAAUCUAUUGCGUAAACGUUAUGACUGGCAAGAAUUGCAACAUCUCAAAUGUUCCGAUGAAGAUCUUAAGAAGUUAGAUAGCUUUUCUGCUGUAAAUCAACUCAAUAUGGCUGCUGUUGAACUCAAGCUGAAGAACUACACAAAUGCUCAUUUUUGCUGUCGUGAAGUUUUACGUUUAAAUCCGUCAUGUGGCAAAGCCUAUUAUCGACUUGGUCAAGCGCAAAUUGGACUUAAGAAUUACGAAGAAGCUAUAGAAAACCUAAGGAAGGCACAUGACAUGAUACCAGAAAACAAAAUAAUAUUAGCCGAAUUGAAUCGUGCCAAACAAUUGAUGGCAAAUUACAACCGUUCACAGAUGGUGAAUUUAAAGAAAUUGUUUAAUUAGUAAUUAAGCUUUACGUACAUACGAUGUGAAUUCCCGUGCGCAAAAAAAUAAUUGUAAAAAUGUUAAAAACUAGUUGAACAACGUAACAAGUAUAUAUUUAUUUCAGGGAUGAUUAAAUGUAAAAAACUAAACCAAUUCUUAUAUAAAUGCGUAAAAAUGUCCAGUGUUCUAAAUGUGUUCCAACUCUUGAUAUUAAGUUGAAUCAAUGUUAAAUUUUUUAUUUCUUAAAUACAUAAUUGUGAAUAUAUAUUUAGUGAAAUUAUUUUAUAGCACAUGUGUACUAGUCCAUUUGACGAAGGAAAUAAAAUACGUUUAAAUAA